CGUAAAGUGAAGUGAAGUUUUGGAUGAGAUGUGGAACCGAUUGAAUGGUUUGAAUGGAUUGUGUUGUGGUUUAUGCCGAAGACAGUCAUCCGUUAUCACCGCUAAGAGUGUCAGAAAGAGUCACUUCUAUGCCAUUAAACUGACGAACAAACGGUUGGUUCGGGUGUCGGGCGCCGAGAGUUUCAUAUAUUUGCAAUCAUUACUGACCAAUGAUUUAAGACAUUUGUCGACUGCGGAGGAAGUGGUGCCGCGAAGUGCUGUCUAUGCCUUUAUGCUGUCGGGUUUGGGACGCGUUUUGGCCGAUCUUUUCUUAUAUAAAGCCAAGUUAUUGAGUGCUGGAGAACUGAUUCUCGAGGUCGACUCUAGUCUCGCCUCUGCCUUAAGACGACUUCUCAUUGGUUACAAUACAAACCGAAAUAUCACUGUCGAAGCGGUCAAUGACAUUGAUUUGUGGGCUUUAAUACCGAAGACAUACGACAAGAGGUUCAACGAGAACAACGAUUUCUUUCUUCCAGAAGUGGUUAGCGAUGACUUCCAAUUAGUAGCUGAUCCACGAAUACCGCAAAUGGGCUAUCGAUUGCUCACUCGGAUGGGAGGCAAACGUUUCGAUGAUAUCCUUAAAUACAUUGCCGACAAACGUAUAGAAGAGGGAACGUUAGGCCACUACAGGACCUAUAGAUACCGAUUGGGUGUGAGUGAGGGCUUUGACGACCUGUUGUCUGGUUUUUAUUAUCCCUUCGAACUGAACGGCGAUUAUCUGAACGCCAUUUCUGUCAACAAAGGUCUGUACACAUCCGAAGAGAAGACAAUCAAAGUAUACAUGAAGGCACCGAUCAUCAAGAGAGUGGUGCCCAUCGAGUUCUUGUGCAGUGAGUCCGAAGUGGCCCAACACUCGCCGCCGCCCUCGACGCUAAUCACAUGCGAUCGGAACAAACAAAUGGGAUUCCUUAGGAAUCGGAAGGGAGUCCACGGAAUCGCGUGUUUGAAAGUAUUGAACUAUAAAUCUCCCGUUUGGUACAAGAGUCUGAUUCACACGCAAAGCGGUCUUCCGCUCAAGACAUGGAUACCCGAGUGGUGGCCCGAGAGAGUGGACGCCAUUUACUUACCACAAGUAGAUUACCCGCAAAAUAUGUUUCAUGUAAUUCCAGCUAAAAAUUGAUGACCUAUUUAUUUGUGAACCAUUUUUUGUAUAAAAAUUUA